GCUCCCAAACUGCCUUUUUCCUCCUCACAUGCUUUUCACUGCAGUCGUCCGCCGGCUUCCUAGAGCCUCCCUCUGUCUUUCUCUCUCUCUCCCCCUCUCUCCUUUUUUUUCCUCCUAUUUAUGAAAACGUCACUUCAAGUCCCUCCCUGUUUGAAUCUCAUUAGUUUCUUGUGUGUUUCUCCCUGUCAAUAAUCCUGAAUCCAGACUCUCUCUAUUUCCAUCCCUCUCUAUCUGUCAAUCAGCGCCGCCUUUGAACUGAAAACCACUCCGACCAACUUCAACUCACUCAAUCCGAGCGGCUCGGCUCCUUCUCCGGCUUCCUUUUUCUGCCAAGAUUCCCUUCUUUUUUAGUUUUGUACCAACCGACAGGGCUUUGGAAAACGCCAAUACAGACCCCAAACUUAUACUCGGACUUUCUAGAUCACCGAGAUCAAGGGUUUAAAACUUCGUGUUUUGCCCCCCAAAAAUUUUUGCACGGGAAAAAUGCCGCAGCUCAACGGCGGUGGAGGGGACGAUCUGGGUGCAAACGAUGAAAUGAUUUCCUUCAAAGACGAAGGAGAGCAGGAAGAGAAAAUUUCGGACUCCUCGGCAGAAAGGGAUUUAGCUGAUGUCAAAUCUUCUCUUGUAAACGAGUCGGAAACGAAUCAAAACAGCUCCUCAGACUCAGAGGCGGAAAGACGGCCUCCGCCUAGAUCUGAAACUUUCAGAGACAAAACAAGAGAAAGUUUAGAAGAGGCUGCGAAAAGGCAAGAUGGAGGGCUGUUCAAGAGCCCACCGUACCCGGGCUAUCCAUUUAUAAUGAUCCCCGAUCUCACAAGCCCCUACCUUCCCAAUGGAUCGCUUUCUCCAACAGCACGCACAUACCUACAGAUGAAAUGGCCCCUGCUAGAUGUUCAACAAGGAGGUCUUCAAAGUAGACAAGCACUUAAAGAUGCCAGGUCCCCGUCACCGGCACACAUCGUUGGGCCCUUCUGCUGGGAAUUCCCCGGACAGUCAGAUCUGAGCCUUCACCAAUUUCAUUUGUCUAAUAAGGUUCCAGUGGUACAGCACCCUCACCAUGUGCACCCGCUCACACCUCUGAUCACCUACAGCAAUGAGCACUUCACACCGGGGAACCCCCCACCUCACCUACAGUCAGACGUGGAUCCCAAAACAGGAAUCCCAAGGCCUCCACAUCCUCCAGAUAUAUCUCCCUAUUACCCACUGUCACCUGGCGCUGUCGGCCAGAUCCCUCAUCCGUUAGGAUGGCUAGUACCACAGCAAGGUCAACCUGUUUAUCCAAUCACAACAGGGGGUUUUAGACACCCCUACCCAACUGCGCUCACUGUCAAUGCAUCCAUGUCAAGUCUUCUGUCCUCUAGGUUCCCCCCACACAUGGUGCCCCCUCACCACAGUUUGCACACCACGGGCAUCCCACACCCAGCCAUCGUCACACCCAACGUCAAGCAGGAAUCCUCCCACAGUGACAUCUCUCUCAACAGCUCAAAACAGUCAGACGCUAAAAAGGAAGAGGAGAAAAAGAAGCAGGUCCACAUAAAGAAGCCUCUGAAUGCCUUCAUGCUCUACAUGAAGGAGAUGCGGGCCAAGGUGGUGGCUGAGUGCACACUGAAGGAAAGUGCUGCCAUUAACCAGAUCCUGGGGCGGAGGUGGCACGCCCUAUCGCGGGAGGAGCAGGCCAAGUACUACGAGCUGGCCAGGAAAGAGCGACAGCUCCACAUGCAGCUGUACCCAGGCUGGUCAGCACGAGACAACUAUGCGGCUAACCAACAGGGGAAAAGGAAGAAGAGAAAAAGGGAAAAGCAGCAAGCAGAGAGCAAUGAACACAGAGAAUAUUUUCCAAACCCUUGCCUUUCACUCCCUCCGAUUACAGACCUGAGCGCUCCUAAGAAGUGUCGAGCGCGCUUUGGGCUUGAUCAACAGAAUAACUGGUGUGGCCCGUGCAGGAGAAAAAAAAAGUGCAUUCGCUACAUCCAAGGUGAAGGCAGCUGUGCCAGUCCUCCCUCUACGGACGGAAGCUUACUAGACUCCCCCCCAUCCUCCCCCUCCUCAGUGGUUCCCUCCCCCUCCUCAAAAGAGUCCAAACCUCAGACUGAACAAAUGCAACCUCUCUCACUGACUAUGAAACCGGCCCACCAGCCACUCCAUCACCCGCACCUCCUGGUUGGGCCUCCACCACCAUCUUUGGUUCAGCUGGAAAACUCUGCUGCAGCUAGGAAAACGCCCGCCGCCUCCUCCCACAACGGAGCCCUGGAGCGCGGUGACGUCUCGUCCUCGCGGCAGCCGGGCUCCUCUGUGGCGUCCUCAAUGGUCCGGCCCUCGGCAUCGCUGUGUCAUUCCCACUCGCUCCUCUCCUCAACGGCCCCCCAGCCUCUGUCGCUAGUGACCAAGUCUAUAGAAUAGUCUACCUUAUUCUUCUCCUCUUUUCUAGCUCUGCACAUAAACAUACACACACACACCUUUCUAGGCCCUCUCUCUGCUAUAUUUCACUUGCUGUCAGUUCAUUUCUCUUUAUGUUUCUGUGCCAUAAGGCUUUGAAAUUUUAGUUUUUGUUUUAUUAAAGUUCAUUGGUCAAUAUUUGACCCAUCAUUAUCAAAAAAAAAAAUCUAAUUAUUAUAAAGAAAUGAUACAAUGAGCUGUAGUAUAGCUUUGUGAAUCUGCCAAAAUUUUUAUGAAUUUUGUUUUGUCUUUUUUGUAGUGUUUAACAGUGCAAACAGAAAAAUUAUCUAGUUCAACUUCAAAAUGUUUAAAAGACGGAUAUAAAAAGGUAGGCUAGAUUAUUCAGUGAGCCCUUUUCUUGAAAGAGUUGGUUCUCCUUCUUUAUUUGUAUUAAAUACGAGCUUGCGAACCAAUCAUUUGACAUCUGUUCAAACUCUAGGAGGGCAUGAGGCUGGUGGUGACACCUCUCUGAGGAACAACUUUAAUUGUGAUGUUACUUGUUCUUGUUUAAAUGUACAGAAUAAUGGGGAGGGGGGAUUACUGUGUUAAAUAUGCAUUCUUCCACUGCGUUGUCUUUUUUCUUUGUUGUUUACCUUUGGGGUGGAGUCAGGCAAAUUGGGUGGGUUUGAGGGGAGGUCGGGGUGGGAGGGUUGAGGGUUAUUAAAAAUGUCACAACGCUAGGACCAGUAGUAUUUAUUGCUUUAGAGAUUGCUUGUUGUAUCUUGUACGUGUCUCUUUUUGACUUUUUUUUCUUAAUACAUUGUACAAAUUUUUUUUCUUAAGGUAAACGACUUAUAUAUGAAUGAUCCAUUUUUACAAGGAGGUUUUAAAAGGCAAAUCUUUUGUUAUUGAUUUCUUUCCUUGCUGAAAACCUGGAUUCCACUCAGUGUACUGUGUAGAUCUCAUGAACAGAAGUAUGCACAACUUCAUUUCAAGAAAUGUGUCUAUAAGCCAUUUUACAAAAAGAAGAAAAGAAAACUUGAAACAAGACAGUGGGUGCCGUGUCUUCAGUAGUUGGAAAAGUGUCUAAAGCCCUUCUUUUUUAUUGCACAGUCACAUCUCUCAGACUGUAGAUUUGUGUACAGAUUUUCCGUGCCAAAUUUUGUGAUAAUUUUCUCUGCCCCUCUAACCAACCAUGCUGUAGGGAUCCUUUUUUUGUUUGUUUUUGUCGUUUUUAUUUUAUUUUCGAUACCAUUCUUUGCUGUGACGUUACAUAGAUUGCUAUGUAUGUAGUAUAAAUGUUGCUAUAACAAAUGUGUUUGGUAGCAAAUUGUCAAAUAUUAAAAUUUAAACUUAAUAAAAAGGCGGACAUCAUACUGUAUAAACCCACAAGGGCCAAAUUAUGUAUAUUAGGAGGUUCAUAAAAAAACUAUUAAAUACAAAAAAAUACACAAACUGCCACUUUUAAGUACACUACUACAUAUAGGUAGAUAGAAAAAAUAGGCAUGUUGAUGUUGCAAGAGGCUGUAAAAAAAGCUACAAGAGAAUCAUCCACUCGGUGCCAUUGUAGUUGACAUGACGCGACUGUAAUCUGUCGAUUUCUUCUCUGGUUUAUUAAGAUGCUAAUGAUAAAUAGUUUGAAUGUUUCCUUAACGGCUGUGAUGUUCCUGUUCUAUUUUAUGCUCUUAUCUUUUUGUUUGUUUGUUUUUCCUGUUAUUUUAAAUGGUUCAAAAACCAUGUUUUUUUGUAAUGAAUAAAUGUUUAUGCUGUACAGUCUCUGUAGCAUGCAGUUCUGUAUUAAUAAAAGCAACUUAGUAUGUG